GGGGGGACAGGGGAAACAGAGACAGACAGAGAGAGACGUGCUCCAACAAAAUCAAGUGUGAUAUAACAUUGAAGAGGGCGGGGCUGAGGUGAGAUCAGUCCACCACAACCCUUGCGACCGUAAGUUAGUCUAUGUAAAGCAAUCAAAGUGUGCAGCCUCAGUGGAAUCAACCUGUUUGCUGAAGCUGCUGCACACGGCUCGUUGUUUUUCUUCUUGAACGACAGUAUGACUGAAGCGGACUUGUACACGCUGUACAAAGGGGUGUAUCUGCCUUCAGGGCUGCACACUCCACACAGCCUGCAAAACUACGAGGACUUCAUGUUUCGCCCCGAUGAUAUUAUCAUUGUAACAUAUCCCAAGUCAGGCACAACUUGGUCACAGGAGAUUGUCCCACUGAUCAUGAGUGGAGGUGAUCCGGCCUCCGUUGAGUCUAUCCACAACUGGGACCGAGUGCCCUGGUUAGAGAUGCAUCGGUCCUGGGACCUUAACCUAGAAAAAAGGCCAUCUCCUCGAAUGUUCACGACUCACUUCCACUACAACAUGAUGCCUCCGGGCUUCUUUGAAGCAAAGCCAAAGGUCAUCUAUGUCAUGAGGAAUCCCAAAGAUGUGUUUACAUCUUUCUUACAUUAUUCUGAAGUGGCCUCGUUCCUGGUGAACCCAGGCCCACAGGAAGAGUUCCUCCACAAGUUCCUUGAUGGAAAAGUUUGUCAUGGUUCAUGGUUUGAUCAUAUAACGGGUUGGCUGAAUGCUGAAGAUAAAGAUGGCAUCAUGUACAUCUCCUAUGAAGAGAUGAUAAUGGACCUGAAGGACUCUGUAGCCAGAAUUGCUCAGUACUUGGAGAAACCUCUGACCACAGAGGUGAUAGAGAAGAUAACAGACCGAUGUUUGUUCAAGAAUAUGAAGCAGAACAACAUGUCAAACUACUCUGCUGUUCCUUGUGAAAUAAUGGACAGGACAAAGUCAGAAUUUCUCAGGAAAGGAAUAACUGGAGACUGGAAAAACCAACUGACAGUGGCAGAGGCAGAGUACUUUGAUGCUGUUUACACAGACAAAAUGAAUGAUAUCAAAUAUAAAUUUGUAUGGGAUCAAAAUAAAUUUGAUGAGCACACUCAAUGAUAAUCAUCCCACCAUACAAUAAUGCACGAAAUAUACAUCUUUCUUAGAGGCAGAUCGUUAGUAUUACUGCCUUUACCAGCAUUACUUUCUAAUUAAUUAUCUUAAUUAGAAAGCUGCAGUCUCAUCUUCUUGACUUUAUUUCAAAUCCUUAUAUAUAUAUAUAUAUAUAUAUAUAUAUAUAUAUAUAUAUAUAUAUAUAUAUAUAUAUAUAUAUAUAUAUAUAUAUCAAAGGCUUUCUCAAAUAUAACUUUGGCUUUCAGCAUGGAAUGCUAAGCCUAUGUGUUGCCAAGAUGACCAAGGCAGGCCAUGAUGCCUCAAAGCCAACUCAAAGCUAACUAUGAUAUAACACUUCCAUCUUCUGUUCCUAAAUAUAUUCCUAAUCUAUUUUUAUUUGCUUCCUCAUUCACUACAAGACGUCUUUUAAAUGCCCUGUCUGAAUAGUGGAACAAAGGGAUUGUGCUGGUUGGGCAACAAUUUAAGAUCCAAUUGUUUGUUUGUAUUUAACUGUAUGUUUACUGACACUGUCUCCUAAGAUUGAAUUAUAAAAUGUUAAGAAUGAAAAAGAGAAAGUUGAAAUGUAUGGUAAUUAUUUAUUCUACUUUAUAACUUAAUAAUGUCUGGUGCAUUAAGGCAUCGUGUUGUAAUUUUUGUCAGAUUACUUUUUUGGGUCACACAAUUUAAGGCGGUUUGCUUUAGGAACUCAUAUUAAUAUGAUAUCUGUGCUAAAAUUGUAUUCUGCCAUCUGAGCUUUAGUACUCGCGUGGUACAGUUUCGAUUCUGUAGAAAAUUAUGUCACUUUGUUUUCAACACAAUGCUGCAUUCACGGUACCUGUGAGAAAAUGUCUCUGUCAUCCAUCUUAAAUUAGAGUAGCUCUGAAACCUGUGAACUCUACAUAGUUGUUCGUGUUGGGUCCCCUUCUGUUUUACAUCCAUAAUAAAAACAUAAAAUUGGGGAUAGGGACUGACUAAAAUUAACCAAUAUUUUAUAAUUUACCAGGAAGAAAACAGCUUUAAACGUCCACGAAUCAUAGGGGACAAAACAAAACUCAAAUCCUCAUGAAGCAGGCGUCUACAUGAAGCUGAGAUAAUAUAUUCUGUGUGAUUGUAAUAAUAAUAUUGAUUCAAUUUCUAUUUUGAACGGACAAUUCGGAGUGGAGUUAUCGUAUUUCCUAUGUGCGCCAUUUGCCUUGAAUGCAGCACAUGGUUAGCUAGGCAGUCGGCUAGCAUUAGCAAACAAUAGCGUUAGGUUAGCGAGUUUCGCUUCUUCCGUAUCAUAUGGCGCUUAACCUUAGCAGUGCUAAGAUUAUACAACUUAGAUACGGUGACAGCGGUUAUUAAAAAUCCCGCUGUUGACCGGUUAGUGCGAUUAAUGUAAAGUUAACCCGCAGCACGCCUGGUUUUGUUUGCUAACGGUUGCUAACGCUUGCUAGCACGGUCCGUCCGUUUAACGCGCUUCCGUGUUGUGGUCCCUUCAGUGCGGAGAGAAGUCAGGGACUCAGCCGACAACUGCAGCAAAUGGGAGGAUGCCUGGCUCAGUAACAGGUAGAUGGAGGGAGUCCGCCACAUUUAACUCGGGUUUAAAUCAGUGGUUCAACUCGGUUUAAGGGUAUAGGGAGAUAACACAGUUCACCGGUACUUUACCGGCUGCUACGAUUGGCUGUCACAGUAAUAAUAUUAAUACAUGUUAUUUAUACAGGACCCUUCGUGCAUUAAGUGCAACGCCAAGUGCUUUCCAAUAAAAAUCAAAGACAUGAGUUAAGAUAGAUCCAUAAGAACAAAGGGUUUAAAAAAUAAGUUAAAAAAAGAACCGUUACAGUUACUGUCCGACAGCCUGUAGUUUGUUGUUCGUUUGACUUGAUAUCAGAAGUGGAGAAUGCCGUUUAGGCGAUAGUGAAAAACAAAUGUAUGGAAAAGGAGAUGUAUAUAUCCUAUACUUAAAUUCAUGUAUAGUCAUGUGUGUCUGUAAAUGUAUUGCAUGAAACGUAUGACUUGCUGAUGCCUUUUUGACUCUUGCUGCUGUAAUACUGCAAAUUCCCCCAUUGUGGGACUAAUAAAAUAAUAUCUUAUCUUA